UCCGGGAUACGAUACAAUCGUUAGCUAGCUGCCAACGGUCUGCGGCGGUUUGUUCUUUGUAGCUGUUUCUGUGACAGUGGCUGGUCAGAGAACGGCAGUUUGUCGGCGUAUAACGGCCUUAUGUGUAUAAGACGUUAACGUGAGUCUACCGUUCGCCUCUCCCGCCAUUAAAAUGAAGAAAAAGAGCUCAGCCAAAAAACGCCAUGUGGUGGCAUGGGUCAACAAAGCUGAGUGGGAUCAGGUUCUGGAGUACCUUUACUCGAACGACCCCGCCUUACAGAGGUACGCACUGCAGAGGGUAUCAGCGUGGAAAGGCCGGUAUGCCAGCAGCACCCCGGUGGCGGUGGAGUGCACGGCGGACCUGGUGAGGUGCCAGGUGCUGGACAGGUCCGGGCAGCUGGACGGGGAUGAUCUGGUUCUGCUUUACGGAGCGGCUCUGGUGAGGUUCGUCAAUCUGAUCACCGAGAGACAGCAGGGGAGGACAGCCCGGCCGCUCCGGAGGCUGGCUGGGAACCUGAACAUCCCAGAGUGGGUUGUGGACCUGAGGCAUGAUUUCACACACCGGAAGCUGCCUACCUUGAAAUGGUGUCGAAAAGGAUGCAAGGUGGUUCUGGAGUGGCUCCAGCAGGAGUACUGGUCCAGGCAGUUGGGGGGAGCGCCUAACGAGGACUGGGAAUCCCAGUCCGAUGGGGAGGAUGAAGAGGUUGACCUAAAACGACAAGAGGAUGAGCUCAUUGCGAGGCAGAAAGGAAUGGAAGCCUAUAAGAGUGCACGGGAGCUUCUGAUAUCCUUUGAGAAGGAGCAGUACCAGGCUUUUGACGGGCUUCUUGAAGAAAAAGACAGGAGCCCAUGGCCGGCCCCCUUUGCAGACAUGAGCUGGUUACUUGAGGAGAUCAAACAGUUUGCGUUGGAGUCGAGUGAACUGCUGAUUGAUGUGUUGUUGGAAGAUGGAUUUCUGGUUCCUACUGUUGAGCAACUGGAAACAUUAGGCUGUGACACUUAUGACAACACCAGUUCCACUAAAACCAGACUCCCUCAGACCUUCCUGCGUUUUUGGCUGCCCCUCCUGAAGAUGCUCAACUCACCGUCCUUCAUUCACCUCCUCCUGGAGAAGCUGUUUGUUGAGCUGAAGCAGCUUACCACAGAGCCCAAUAAUCAACGGGCGUUCUACAUUUCUGCCUGGAUUUCAGAAGUCCUCUACUGUAACAGCAACAAAUUUGAGUUCCAUUUUGAAACAAAGGGGCAGAAGAAGGCCAGGAUGAAGGACAGGAUUUUUGUGAACCGCAUCCAGCUGAGGUGGCAGCAGCUGCUUGCAGCAUGCCUGGAUGCUCCCUGCGCCAGCACGCCUCACUUGCUCCAGUUAAUCCUGGAUGACAUGGAGCACCCUCUUCCUCUAGAGACCCGGCAGAGGCUGCUCCAGCUCUGCUCCAUCUACACACAGACUGCGCGUGCAGAAUUUGACACUUCUCCGCGGCAGAAACCGCAGCCCAUAUACACACUGGAGAGUUUGCACGAGAAGCUACAGCAUUCACGGCGCCACAGCCAUCCCUGGCGUUCCACUGCUGACCCGGAAAGGAGCGAGUCCUCCCAGGAGUACAAUGGGGCAGAUGCUGAGGCUGAAAAGGCAAAGUUGCUCAAAGGUUCUCCGUGGCAGGUGUGCGUUGAUAAGGUUUUGUGGAAGAACUAUCCUCUUGGUAAAGUCCCUGGACAGUCAGAUGACCCUUCAUGCCUCAUGGUGGAAAACUACUCAACAAUGACUGUGUUUGACCAGCCGGUGGAGAUGGAAAACAACACAUCACGCAACAUCCCAGGAGCGUCUGCAGCAGUGAGGACAGCGGAUGGCCUUUUGUGGAACCACAGUGAUAUUAACAGGCUGAAAUCUGGACUGCAACUAUUUUGAGUUAUAAGUUAUAGUGCUGUAAAAUAUAAGCCUUAAGCUGCUGGCACAUUAUUAGACUGGUGCUCUCUGUUGUUGUGACACUUGGAAAGAAGAAAAAGUGUAAACUAAAUUUGUUGCACGAUAAAACAAAAGCAGUGGAUUAAUCAAUAAAAAAAAUGGUGUCAAAUUUCCCAGAGCCAAAAGUGAUGUCUUUUUAUUCAACCAACAAGUUUUCACAUGUUUCUGUCAUUUUCUAGACAAAACAAUAAAAAAAAAUUGUCAGCUGAUUCACUGAUAUUGAAAAUAACUUUAUUGUUGCUAAUGUAAAAGCCUUCAUGUGCUCCGUCUACAAUAUUUUUAAUAUGUGGCUAAGACAAAAGUGGAGCUAGUACAGACAUUUAACACAUAAAACAAACUGAGGAAAGAAUGAGAGAAUUGGGUAUAGUUCAUUCAAUAUGAUUGUUUUUUUUCUUCUUACACCUGUCAAGCAAAUGGUUUUGGAGAAGAUGCAUUUCAGUUAAAAUCCCUGGCAAAAAGAAUUUCUCCAUUGGGGAUUAAUAAAAAUAAAUCUUCAAAGGGGAUAUUGUUAGCACAAGGUGGUUUUGUGUAAUACAUCUUUUGCGCUUUUACGUUCAAUAAAACUUGUUUCUACUAAA